CAACAAUAUUUUUCAUGUGAUCAAUCUAACAAACAAAUAAAACAUAAAAAGACUCGAAGUGUUGUUUCAAACUCGGAGAGGCCAAAAGGCUCUCUUCUUUUGUACCCCUUUUUCUCCUCCGCUUUUUCACCACCGUCACCCAUCAUGGCGGCUUCCGUCCAAAACCUCCGCUUCAGCCGCUUCGAGCCCGGCCGACAAAAUGUUUGCAACUCCCCUAUCCGAGGUUGCAAUUUCCCGUCCAAUCCUGACCUCCCGCCACCUAAUGGCGGCGCCGACGUAGUUUCCGGUGAUUAUUAUUCCUCGGACAGUGACGGUGAUUACUGUGACGAAAAAUUUGCCACCGCCAACUAUUCCGCGGAAGUAGAGCCGUCGGUUCAUGACGUCAGAGACGCCGAUACUUCCGACCGUUGGAUCCCGCGUAACCCGUCGCUGAUCCGGUUGACCGGGAAGCAUCCGUUUAACUCCGAACCGCCCCUGGACCGGCUAAUGCGCCACGGCUUCAUAACCCCGGUUCCCCUCCACUACGUCCGGAAUCACGGUGCGGUCCCCACCGGCACGUGGGAAGACUGGGCCGUGGAGGUAACGGGCCUCGUCAAGCGGCCCAUGAAGUUCACUAUGGCCCAACUCGUCAACGAAUUCCCAUACCGCGAGUUUCCCGCCACCCUAGUCUGCGCCGGAAACCGCCGCAAGGAACAGAACAUGGUCAGGAAGACGAGCGGGUUCAACUGGGGCGCCGCCGCCGUCUCCACCUCCGUGUGGAGGGGGGUUCCGCUGGUUUCCGUCCUCAAGCGCUGCGGCGUGUUCAGCCGGAGAAACGGCGGCCUGAAUGUGUGCUUUGAGGGGGCAGAGGAUUUGCCCGGCGGCGGCGGAGGGUCCAAGUACGGGACGAGCAUUAGAAGGGAUAUCGCGAUGGACCCUUCUAGAGACAUCAUUCUGGCGUACAUGCAAAACGGAGAGAGGUUGACGCCGGACCAUGGGUUUCCGGUAAGGAUGAUUAUUCCGGGGUUCAUCGGCGGCAGAAUGGUGAAGUGGCUGAAGAGGAUAAUAGUGACCACUAAAGAAUCGGAGAGUUAUUAUCAUUACAAGGACAAUAAGGUCCUUCCGUCCCACGUCGAUGCCGAGUUGGCUAACGCUGAAGCAUGGUGGUACAAGGAAGAAUACAUAAUCAACGAGCUCAACAUCAAUUCUGUCAUUACGACGCCGUCUCAUGAAGAGAUCUUGCCCAUCAACGCUUGGACUACCCAACAUCCUUACACGCUCAGAGGCUACGCUUAUUCGGGCGGAGGAAAGAAAGUAACGCGCGUGGAGGUGACGAUGGACGGCGGAGAGACGUGGCGGGUGUGCGAGUUGGAACGUUUGGAGAAGGGGAAUAAGUAUGGGAAGUACUGGUGCUGGUGUUUAUGGUCUCUCCAAGUCGACCUCCUCCACUUGUUGGCCGCCAAGGAUUUUGCUGUUCGAGCUUGGGAUGAGACUCACAAUACCCAACCUCAAAACCUCAUUUGGAAUCUCAUGGGAAUGAUGAACAACUGUUGGUUCCGAGUGAAGACCCGAACUUGCAAUUCAGGCAAGGGAGAGCUUGGGAUUGUGUUUGAGCACCCGACCCAACCCGGGAACCAGUCCAGUGGAUGGAUGGAUAAGGAAAGACGACAUCUUCACAACUCUUCCCCGGCCAUCAAGAAGAGCGUCUCAUCGCCCUUCAUGAACACGGCAACGCCGGUUCAGACAGCGACGUUCUCCAUAUCCGAGGUGAAGAAGCACAACACCUCCGACUCCGCCUGGAUCAUCAUCGGCGGCCACGUCUACGAUUGCACCCUCUUCCUUAACGACCACCCUGGCGGAGCCGAAAGCAUCCUCAUCAACACCGGCGCCGACUGCACCGACGAAUUCCACGCCAUCCACUCUGAUAAUGCCAAGAAGCUCUUAGAAGACUAUAGGAUUGGGGAGGUCAUCACCACCCCCGACGACAACCUCUUCAACUCUACUUUGAAUUCCUCCCCUUCCUCCACACCCAACAACUCCGCCGUCCAUUUAGCUCCGAUCAAGGAAAACACAGUCGGGGUGGCCGGGAGCAUGUAUGAGAAGAUCCCAUGCAAACUCAUUCACAAGGAAUCCAUUUCCCAUGAUGUGAGGUUAUUCAGGUUCUCACUCCCGCGGGAUGACCAAGCUCUAGGGUUACCUGUGGGCAAGCACAUCUUCUUGUGUGCCACCAUAGACGGUAAGCUCUGCAUGCGGGCGUAUACACCUACCAGUAAUGCCGACCAAGUUGGAUACAUCGACUUGGUCGUGAAAAUUUACUUCAAAGGAGUCCAUCCGAAGUUCCCAAACGGCGGCAAGAUGUCCCAACAUCUUGAGUCGCUCGAAAUCGGAUCAUCUCUCCACGUGAAAGGCCCGGUAGGACACAUUGAGUACAAGGGGAAGGGGGAGUUUCUCGUGCAUGGGAAACCCAAGUUCGCCAAGAAACUCUCCAUGAUCGCUGGCGGGACGGGAAUAACUCCGAUCUACCAAGUCAUGCAGGCGAUCUUGAACGACCAGGAAGACGAAACAGAGAUGCACGUGGUGUAUGCUAAUCGGAUGGAGGAUGAUAUUUUGUUGAGAGAUGAGCUUGAUGCAUGGGGGGAGAAAUAUCCAGAAAGGGUUAAAGUGUGGUAUGUUGUUAAAGAGUGCAUAAAGGAAGGCUGGAAGUACAGCACUGGAUAUAUCAACGAGAGCAUUCUAAGGGAGCAUAUUUCGGCAGCAUCUCCUACUACACUAGCGUUAGUAUGUGGACCGCCACAGAUGAUUCAAUUUGCCGUUAAUCCCAACUUGGAGAAGAUGGGGUAUGACAUCAAAGAUUCCUUGCUGGUGUUCUAGCUAACAAACUAGUCGUUCCAUGCUCAAACCAGGAUAAGAUAACUUAGUUUAGACUUCUGUUUUUGUUCGUUUGUUCAAAUGUAUACUUAUGUUGAUAUAUAUUGCUAUGCUGCUCUUGUUUGUGCUAACAGAAUUAACAUUGGAAUAUAAUUAGUAUAUAAAAGUAUAAAACGCAUUUGGUGAACUACAGUCUACAAUGCAUAUACUUG